AUCCAAUAAUGGCGAUGUCUUGUCGCUGAUUUGAAAUUGUCGAUCCUUUUUUUCUGUUUCCCGUCGAUGUCAACUCUGACCGUCAUGUUGUAUAUGAUUUGUAAGGUAUUUUGAAAAUGUGAACAAACAAUUGAACUCAUACUCAACAACCGUAAAAACCGUUCCAUCAUGAGUCAUGCCGAUUACAGCCAACGAGCUGAAGAUCAUCAAUCCUUGUUGGUUUUAUUGAAAUCAGUUGGGCCUCAUAAAACCAAAUCCUACAAUAAAAUAUUUGAUAGGAUAUCAAGAGUAACAUGUGUGCGGAUGCAGGAUGCAAAAAGAAACGUCUUCCUUCGAUAUAAGAAAAAUGUUCCCCAAACAAAUAAUGAGUGGGGAGACUAUCAGUGUCAUCGUAAAGUUCUUGGACUUCUGUGUAUUGGAAAAUGUACAUCAGACAGUGACUUAUUGAACAUACAGGCCAAUUUUGAUUCUUUGAAAGAAGGAUAUAAAAGCACUCUCUAUGAUUCAAGGUGUAUGGUAUUUGGAAAUUCAACUCAGCAAACAAGACCAGAUUUUAUUGUUUAUCCAAGUUUUGAUGAUUGUCAGAAACUGGAGGAUCAUGUGAAGGAGUUUGCUGCAGCUGUUUUCUGGGUGCUAGAAUCAAAACGACUUGAUAAAUCAAAUGACAAAGGUGAUAAAGCACCUUUACUUAUGGCACCGUUUGAGAAAAAAGAUUUUGUUGGCAUUGAUACUGAAAGUAGAAACUACAAGAAAAGAAUACAAGGAAGAAUGCGAAAACACAUCGGUGAUCUGUGUUUGCAAGCUACUAUGACAAAUGAUGCUUUCAUUCAUUAUCAAUCAGCACUUCUCUGUAACACUAACUACAGACAAAAAUCAUAUGGUGGACGUGCCUUCUCAUAUGCUGCUCCAAAACUCUGGAAUGACCUUCCACUUGAUCUUUGUGAAGUUACUGAAGUCAAUAUAGUUAAGAAGAGACUUAAGACCUACUUGUUCAGCAAAGCCUACAGUGUGGAAGAACUCUACAGAUUUGUAGUGUUCGCUUUCAGCGCCUUUGAACAAAACUUAGUUUUGGAUACUGGUUCUUAUACUGCGAAUGGUUUCUCUGAUGGCCUGGAUGGUAAACCACCAAAACACUGCUUAUCUGCUGAUGAUAUCAUUGAUAAAUAUAAAGAAACUAUUGUGCAAUAUUCUAAG